UACGCACCAUGGCCUCGAAGCAACUGCUGCUGCUCUGCCUCUUCUCGGGCUUGCGAGCGCGGGCUAGAAAGAUGGAAGAGGAUGAAUAUGAAGAUUCAUCAUCAAAUAAAAAGUGGGUCUUGGCCCCCAAAUCCCAGGACACAGAUGUGACACUUAUCCUUAACAAAUUGCUUAGAGAAUAUGAUAAAAAGUUGAGGCCAGAUAUUGGAAUAAAGCCAACUGUAAUAGACGUUGACAUUUAUGUUAACAGCAUUGGGCCUGUGUCAUCGAUAAACAUGGAAUAUCAAAUUGAUAUAUUUUUUGCUCAGACCUGGACAGAUAGCCGUCUUCGAUUCAACAGUACAAUGAAAAUCAUUACCCUGAAUAGCAACAUGGUGGGGCUGAUAUGGAUCCCAGAUACUAUCUUCCGCAAUUCGAAGACUGCAGAGGCCCACUGGAUCACCACACCCAACCAGCUUCUCAGAAUAUGGAAUGAUGGGAAAAUCCUUUACACUUUAAGGCUCACCAUCAAUGCAGAAUGCCAGCUGCAGCUCCACAACUUCCCGAUGGAUGAGCACUCCUGCCCGCUGAUUUUCUCCAGCUAUGGAUACCCCAAAGAAGAAAUGGUUUACAGAUGGAGAAAAAAUUCAGUUGAGGCAGUUGACCAGGAUUCAUGGCGCCUGUAUCAGUUUGAUUUUAUGGGUCUCAGAAACACCACAGAAACUGUGACCACACCUACAGGUGAUUAUGUUGUCAUGACUAUCUAUUUUGAACUAAGUAGAAGAAUGGGAUACUUCACAAUUCAGACUUACAUUCCCUGUAUUCUGACUGUGGUGCUUUCCUGGGUGUCAUUUUGGAUCAAAAAAGAUGCUAUACCAGCAAGAACAGCCUUAGGCAUCACCACAGUUUUGACCAUGACCACCCUCAGCACCAUUGCCAGGAAGUCCUUACCCCGAGUGUCCUAUGUGACCGCCAUGGACCUCUUUGUGACCGUGUGUUUCUUGUUCGUCUUUGCUGCUUUGAUGGAGUAUGCCACUCUCAACUACUAUUCGAGUUCUAGAAAAACAACCGCCACCAAGAAGAAAACAUCUAUAUUGCAUCCAGAUUCCUCAAAAUGGAUUCAUGAGCGAAUAAGCCUACAAGUCCCCUCUAACUACUCUCUCCUUGGUACGAGGCCGCCCCCAAGUGCGAUGAUCCCUUUGAAUAAUUCCGUGUACUGGAAGGAGUUUGAAGACACUUGUAUCCAUGAGUGUCUGGAUGGCAAAGACUGCCAGAGCUUCUUCUGCUGCUAUGAAGAAUGUAAAGCAGGAUCCUGGAGACAGGGCCGUGUUCACAUAGACAUUUUGGAGCUGGACUCAUAUUCCCGGGUCUUUUUCCCUACGUCGUUCCUGCUCUUUAACUUGGUCUACUGGGUCGGAUACCUGUAUCUUUAAAUGCCUCUCUUUGCAGUGAGUUCACACUCAUUACACGUCUUGAUUUUCCCUCAUCCCCAGACUAUAAUGACCAAUCUAAAGUUACA